CAUGUGAGCAAAUGGCAUUAGUCCUCCAUACUUUGGGUGUGUGGUCUUACGUAUAUCAAGUGUACAUUCGUUCAUACAGCAGACCAUUCAAGAUGGCGCUAGAUUUCGCUGCGACGUACAAAGUUCUUGUUCUUGGCGAUUCAAAUGUUGGAAAAACAUGUAUUGUACAUCGAUACUGUGACGAGAGAUACUACGAUACGUACAUAUCGACUAUUGGCAUUGAUUUCAAGCAGAAAAUAGUCAACUUAGAUGGGACGCCUAUAAAAUUACAAAUAUGGGAUACAGCGGGCCAGGAGAGGUUCAGAACGCUAACGACGGCUUAUUACCGGGGAGCAAUGGGGAUCUUGCUCAUGUAUGAUGUCACAAGUUUGGAUUCUUUCAACCACUUAUCGUACUGGCUUCGAAAUAUUCAAGAGAACGCUUCACCAGACGUCGUAAAGGUAUUGGCAGGAAACAAAAGCGACGCCACUUUGCAACGAGCUGUGGCGGCGGAGAGAGGAGAACAGCUGGCCGAAAAUUUCGACAUGUCGUUCUUCGAAGUUUCUUGUAAAGAAGACAUAAAUAUAGGGGAAGCUUUCCUAACACUGGCACGAAGGAUAAGGGAACAAAGGGACAGAAGGGCUAGCUUAUUCGACAGCUCAGAAAAACGAGAUGGCUCAGAAGUGGACCUAACUAAGUCGAAAAUACAACAAACGGGGGAGGCGUGGCGAUGCGCCUGCUAGCUGCAUCAAUCACAUCAACAACUAAUUACCUCACCGUGCAUCAUUCCCUUGCUUCUUUCUUGUGGUGGGAUACUGACGGCUCGGCCUCCAUGUUUGGAAGUUAUCACUGCAUGAAUGAGAUCAAAGAUGCAGAUCGCUGUUGAGACCUAAUGAAGACUGGAAGGAAUUAAACCUGGAAUGCAAGUAAGAUUAACCCUAUAGGCGCGAGGAUGCCUUGAAGGAGAAUGAAUAUGGUGACUAUGAGGUGGCUGAAGCUGCAGUAAACCUCAUGUAAUUAAUAUUUAAAUUACAAUUCGUGUCCGCUUGACACAUAAUACAUCGUACUUUCAUUGCCGAAACGAAUGCUAUGAACACUCUGUGUUGGGGGGAGGGGGUAAUAAAAUUAAUAAAUUCGCUAUGUGACUAAAAUAUCGUAUCUCAUUGAAGUAAAUGUCACGUAAUUAAUGUUCUGAGUUUUAGUUGCUAUCUACUUAAAAAAAUAUAUCGCAUUGUGUUACUGAAAUUACUGUGUUAAAUGCUCAGUUUAUAUAGGAAUUCACACAGCUCUUCAUUGGAUAUUUUAGGGACAUAAACACAUUUUUUUCUCGAAGAAAUCCGAAUAGACCUCGCUGGUAUAUCAAUUUUGGGGUGUAAUUAUACUCGGCCUACAAAAACAAGUCCCAUUGGCAUGCAGAUGAUGAAGCUCUAGGCUUCCUUCUCUACAUAUACUAUUAUAUUCCUUUUCCAGCCAAAAUUACUUGAUUAUGUGACCAGAAUGCUUAUAUAAUUGGAGAGGAAUAUGGAAAGUCAUGUUGGAGAGGAAAACGUACCAGGCUCUAAGGAGACGCGGAGGAGGUAGAUCCAUGGAAUUUCUUUCUGUGGCAUCAAUGUGGUGAGAUGUUGAAAACCGACUUUUGAAGGCAACACCCAAUUGCAGUUUCUUAGUGCUGCAACAUAAAUUACACUAUUUUAUGAGUUUUGAAACUGAGUCUGACAUUGUAGGGUCUGAGGGUCUCACAGCAGUGCUAGCGAAGUGGUUGAACUUCAUGCUGUCAUGUCUCAGAAAAUAUAACUCUUUGAAGUCUGACAAGGAUAUGAACACCUCAUGUUAAGACCUUUUCAAGGGCUUGCAUGACUUUCCUCGCUGGUCAAUAAUAUCUUGAGGAUGCGACCUGUUAACCUAGAUUAACAUCUCUGACUUUUAUAGGUGGACAUUGCGUGACCAACACUGAUCUUUAGAUGCACUGUCACAUGACCUCACACCAAUCGCACUUAUAGCACAUUGGUUAUAUAAAUGUUUUGGACAUUGACCUGUAAUUGUGGUUGCUCAGCCUAAGGAACAUUGCAUAAAUUUCAGUACCAGGUAAUAAUUUGGUUUGAUCCUAGAAGUGGAUUAUAUUCAUAUUUGUUUCCCAUAACUUACAUUUAUUUGGAAAUUCAGUUUCUUGUAUGAAGUUGGUUUU